AUGCGGGCCGCCACCGACCCGAGCGCCCUCCUGGGGCCCGCGCCUCUCGGCCGCCCGCCGCGCGCCCUGCUCCUGCUGCAGCUGCUGCUGCUCGUCGCGGCCCCGGGGAGCGCGCAGGCCCAGGCCGCCCCGUUCCCCGACCUGUGCAGUUACACAUGGGAAGCAGUUGACACCAAAAAUAAUGUAGUUUACAAAAUCAACGUCUGUGGAAAUGUGGAUGUUGCUGGGUGUGGGCCAUCAAGUGCUGUGUGUAUGUGCAACUUGAAGACAAAAAUUAAUGAGUCAGUGGGUGAUUCUGCUUUGAGAAGUUCAAGCAGAUCCCUCCUGGAAUUUAACACAACGAGGAGCUGUCAGCAUUCAAGUCCACUGCACAGAGUACAGAGCAGCAUUGCCUUCCUGUGUGGGAAAACCCUGGGAUCUCCUGAAUUUGUCACUGCCACGGACUGUGUGCAUUACUUCGAAUGGAGGACCACCUCAGCCUGCAAAAAGGAUAUAUUUAAAGCUAAUAAAGAGGUGCCAUGCUACGUGUUUGAUGGUGAGUUAAAGAAGCACGAUUUAAGCCCGCUGAUCAGGAUGAGUGGUGGCUACCUAGUAGAUGACUCUGAGCCUGACACCUCCUUGUUCAUCAACGUGUGUAGAGACAUAGACUCCCUUCGAGACUCAAGCCCGCAGCUGCGUGCCUGUCCCCCUGGCACUGCUGCCUGCCUGCUGAAAGGGGACCGGGCGUUUGACGUUGGCCAGCCCAAGGAGGGGCUAAAACUAGUGAGCAAGGACAGACUUGUCCUGAGUUAUGUGAAAGAAGGGGCAGGAAAACCAGACUUUUGUGAUGGUCACAGCCCUGCAGUGACAAUAACCUUUGUGUGUCCAUCCGAGCGGAGAGAGGGCACCAUUCCUAAGCUUACUGCCAAGUCCAACUGCCGCUAUGAGGUUGAGUGGAUUACUGAGUACGCCUGCCACAGAGAUUACCUGGAGAGUGGAACCUGCAACUUGAGCAGUGAGCAACAUGACAUCGCCAUUGACCUCCGUCCCCUGGCCCAGCAGGGAGGGUCUCAUUACACUUCUGAUGGAAGAGAAUAUAUAUUUUACAUGAAUGUCUGUGGGGGCAACGAGGUCCAGAUCUGUAAUGACAAAGAGGCUACGGUUUGCCAAGUGAAAAAGACCAAUUCCACUCAAGUCAAAAUAGCAGGAAGACAUCAAAAUCAGACCCUGCGGUACUCCGAUGGAGACCUCACCUUGAUAUACUUUGGAGGUGACGAGUGCAGUUCUGGCUUCCAGCGGAUGAGCGUGAUAAAUUUUGAGUGCAAUAAAACCGCAGGUAAUGACGGGAAAGGAGAGCCUGUGUUCACCGGGGAGGUAGACUGUGCCUACUUUUUCACGUGGGACACUGCAUACGCCUGUGUCAGUGAGAAGGAAGGCCUCCUCUGUGGUGCCCGAGAUGGGAAGAAACGCUAUGACCUAUCCGUACUGGCUCGUCACUCAGAAUUGGAGCAGAAUUGGGAAGCUGUGGAUGGUAGCCAGGCAGAAACAGAAAAGAAGUAUUUCUUCAUCAACGUCUGUCACCGAGUGCUGCAGCAGGGCAAGGCCAGGAGCUGCCCCGAAGAUGCUGCUGUGUGCGCUGUGGAUAAGACUGGAAGGAAAAACCUGGGAAAAUUUCUCUCUUCUCCUAUCAAAGAGAAAGGACACAUUCAGCUCUCUUACUCAGAUGGUGAUGAUUGUGGUGGUAACAAGAAAAUAACAACAAACAUCACACUUGUGUGCAAGCCAGGUGAUCUAGAAAGCGCUCCAGUGCUGAGAACAUCUGAGGACAAUGGCUGCUUCUACGAGUUCGAGUGGCACACAGCUGCUGCCUGCGUGCUGUCGAAGACAGAAGGAGAGAACUGCACGGUCUUUGACGCCCAGGCAGGGUUUUCUUUUAAUUUGUCACCCCUCACAAAGAAAAAUGGUGCCUAUAAAGUUCAGACAGAGCAAUAUGACUUCUAUAUAAAUGUUUGUGGCACUGUGUCCGUGGAUUCCUGUCAGCCAGGCUCUGGAGCCUGCCAGGUGUCAAAAAGUGAGAAAAAGUCUUGGAAUUUGGGGCUGAGUAAUGCUAAGCUUUCCUAUUACGAUGGGAUGAUCCAGUUGAACUACAGGGAUGGCACACCCUAUAAUAAUGAGAAGCAUACACAGAGAGCCACACUGAUCACCUUCCUGUGCGACCGAGAUGCUGGAGUGGGUGUCCCGGAAUAUCAGGAAGAGGACAACUCUACCUACAACUUCCGGUGGUACACCAGUUAUGCCUGCCCGGAGGAGCCCCUGGAGUGCGUGGUGACUGACCCCUCCACGAUGGAGCAGUAUGACCUAACCAGUCUAGUGAAGUCUGAAGGUGGUCGUGGAGGAAACUGGUACGCCAUGGACAACUCCCGAGAACACGUCACAUGGAGGAAGUAUUACAUAAAUGUGUGCCGGCCUUUGAACCCUGUGCCAGGCUGUGAUCGAUACGCGUCAGCUUGCCAGAUGAAAUAUAGAAACGACCAGGGUUCUUUGGCUGAGGUCGUGGCCAUCAGUAACUUGGGAGUAGCAAAGACGGGCCCAGUGGUGGAGGAGAGUGGCAGUCUCCUGUUAGAAUACGUGAAUGGCUCAGCCUGUACCACCAGUGACGGCCGGCUGACCACCUAUAGCACCAGGAUCCAUCUGGUCUGUGGUAGGGGGAACCAGAACACCCACCCUAUAUUCACUUUCAACUGGGAGUGUGUGGUCAGCUUCCUGUGGAACACCGAGGCUGCCUGUCCUAUCCAGACCAUCACAGAUACAGAGCAGGCUUGCUCUAUAAGGGACCCCAACAGUGGCUUUGUGUUUAAUCUUAGUCCACUCAACAGUUCUCAAGGAUACGUGGUCUCGGGCAUUGGAAAGACUUUUGUGUUCAAUGUCUGUGGUGCAAUGCCUGCCUGCGGGACAUCCGGGGGAAAGCCCGCCUUUGGCUGCGAGGCAGGGUCUCAGACAGAGGAGCUGAAGAAGCUGAAGCCAGAAAGACCAGUUGGAUUUGAGAGGAGCCUCCAGCUCUCCACAGAGGGCCUCCUCACGCUGACCUACAAGGGGGCCCCUCCCUCCGACAGAGCCACCGCGUUCAUCAUCCGUUUCAUCUGCAAUGAUGACAUUUACCCGGGAACCGCUAAGUUCCUGCAUCAGGACAUUGACUCUACGCGAGGGAUCCGGAACACUUUCUUUGAAUUUGAAACUGCCCUGGCCUGUGUUCCUUCUCUGGUGGAUUGCCAAGUAACAGACCCAGCUGGAAAUGAGUAUGACCUGAGUGCCUUAAGCACGGUCCAGAAGCCCUGGACUGCUGUGGACACCUCAACAGAUGGCAAAAAGCGAACCUUCUACCUGAGUGUCUGCAGUCCUCUCCCUUAUAUUCCAGGAUGCCAUGGGAGUGCGGUGGGGUCCUGCUUGGUGUCGGAGGACAACAGCUGGAACCUGGGUGUGGUGCAGAUCAGUCCUCAGGCUGCAGCAAACGGAUCCCUCAGCAUCCUGUACGUCAAUGGUGACAAGUGUGGAAACCAGCGCUUCUCCACCAGGAUAAUAUUUGAGUGUGCGCAGAUAUCGGGGUCACCGACUUUCCAGCUCCUGGUUGACUGUGAGUACGUGUUUGUCUGGAGAACUGUGGAGGCCUGUCCCGUGGUCAGAGAGGAAGGAGACAACUGCCAGGUGAAGGACCCCAGGCACGGCAACCUGUAUGACCUGAGGCCCCUGGCCGCCAACGACACCGCUGUGACUGCUGGCGAGUACACCUACCACUUCCGGGUGUGCGGGAAGCUCUCCUCCGCUGUCUGUCCUGCCCACGACAGGUCCAAGGUGGUCUCAUCGUGCCAGGAAAAGCGGGGACCCCUGGGAUUUCAGAAAGUGGCAGGCCUCCUGACUCAGAAGCUGACUUACGAAAAUGGGCUACUGAAAAUCAACUACACCGGAGGGGACACCUGCCACCAGGUGUAUCAGCGCUCCACCACCAUCUUUUUCUACUGUGACCGGAGCACACAAAAGCCAGUGUUUCUGAGGGAGACUUUAGACUGCUCCUACUUAUUUGAGUGGCGAACACAGUAUGCCUGUCCACCUUUCAAUGUGACGGAGUGUUCCUUCAAGGACAAGGCUGGGAACUCCUUCGACCUCUCCCCACUGUCGAGGUACAGUGACAACUGGGAAGCUGUGACCAGGACUGGGGCCACCGAGCACUACCUCAUCAAUGUGUGCAAGUCCCUGGCUCCACAGGCUGGCUCUGAGCCAUGCCCUCCAGAGGCAGCUGCGUGUCUGCUGGAUGGUUCCAAGCCCGUGAACCUUGGCAGGGUGAGGGACAGUCCUCAGUGGACCGACGGUGGUGUGACUGUCCUGAAGUAUGUGGAUGGUGACUUGUGUCCAGACAAGGUUCGGAAAAGGUCAACCACCAUCCGCUUCACCUGCAGUGAGAACCAAGUGAACUCCAGGCCACUGUUUGUCAGUGCUGUGCAGGACUGUGAGUACACCUUCAGCUGGCCCACGGCCGCUGCCUGUCCUGUGAAGAGCAACAUGCAUGAUGACUGCCAGGUCACCAACCCCAGUACAGGACACCUGUUUGACCUGAGCUCCUUAAGUGGGAGGACGGGCUUCACCCCUGCGUACAGCGAGAAGGGGCUUGUCUACAUGAGCAUCUGUGAGGAGAACGAGAACUGUGCCCCUGGCGUGGGCGCCUGCUUUGGACAGACCAGGAUCAGCGUGGGCAAGGCCAGCAAGAAGUUGAGCUAUGUGGAUCAGGUCUUGCAGCUGGUGUAUGAGGAGGGGUCCCCAUGUCCCUCCAAAACUGGCCUGAGGUACAAGAGUGUCAUCAGCUUUGUGUGCAGGCCUGAGACUGGGCCUACGGACAGGCCUAUGCUCAUCUCCCUGGACAAGCAGACAUGCACGCUCUUCUUCUCCUGGCACACGCCCCUGGCCUGCGAGCAAGUGACAGAAUGUUCUGUGAGGAACGGAAGUGCUGUCAUCGACUUAUCCCCUCUCAUCCACCGCACUGGUGGCUACGAAGCAUACGAUGAAAGCGAGGAUGACACCUCUGAUACCAACCCUGACUUCUACAUCAACAUCUGCCAGCCACUGAACCCCAUGCGUGGAGUGGCCUGUCCUGCUGGUGCUGCAGUGUGCAAAGUUCCUGUCAGUGGGCCCCCCAUAGACAUUGGCCGGGUCACGGGUCCUCCGAUAUUCAAUCCUGUGGCAAAUGAGAUUUACCUGAACUUUGAAAGCAGUACUCCCUGCGCGGCAGACAGAUACUUCAACUACACCUCCCUCAUCGCCUUCCACUGCAAGAGAGGGGUCAGCAUGGGCACUCCAAAGCUGAUAAGGACCAGUGAGUGUGAUUUUGUGUUCGAGUGGGAGACACCGGUUGUCUGUCCUGAUGAGGUAAAGACUGACGGCUGUGCCCUGACGGAUGAGCAGCUGCUCUACAGCUUCAACCUGACUAGCCUUUCCAAGAGCACAUUCAAGGUGACUCGAGACUCGCGCACAUAUAGUGUGGGGGUGUGCACAGCAGCCGCUGGCUUAGAUGAAGGAGGCUGCAAGGAUGGCGGUGUCUGUUUGCUCUCUGAGAGCAAGGGAGCGUCCUUUGGACGGCUAGCAUCUAUGCAACUAGAUUACAGGCACCAGGAUGAAGCGGUCAUUCUGAGUUAUGUGAAUGGUGAUCCUUGCCCUCCUGAAACUGACGAUGGUGAGCCCUGUGUCUUCCCCUUCAUCUUCAAAGGGAAGAGCUAUGACGAGUGUGUUGUGGAGGGUCGAGCCCGGCUAUGGUGCAGCAAAACUGCAAACUAUGACCGUGACCACGAGUGGGGCUUCUGCAGAUCCACCAACAGCCACCGGACAUCUGCUGUCAUAUUUAAAUGUGACGAAGAUGAAGAGAUUGGGAGGCCUCAAGUCUUCAGUGAAGACCGUGGGUGUGAGGUGACAUUUGAGUGGAAAACAAAAGUUGUCUGUCCUCCAAAGAAGAUGGAGUGCAAAUUUAUUCAGAAUCACAAAACCUACGACUUGCGGCUACUCUCCUCCCUUACUGGGUCCUGGUACUUCGUCCAUGAAGGAGCCUCGUUCUUCAUAAACCUCUGUCAGAGGGUUUACAAAGGGCCUCUGGAGUGCUCCGAGAGAGCCAGCAUUUGCAAGAAGACUGCAACCGGUCAAGUGCAGGUCUUGGGGCUCGUGCACACGCAGAAGCUGGACGUCGUAGAUGACAAAGUUAUUGUCACGUACUCAAAAGGCUAUCCUUGCAGUGGCAAUCAGACUGCAUCCUCUGUGAUAGAGUUGGCCUGUGCUAAGACCGUGGGCAGACCCUCCUUCAAGAGGUUUGACAUAGACAGCUGUACCUACUACUUCCGCUGGGACUCGCGGGCUGCCUGUGCCGUGAGGCCACAGGAGGUGAACAUGGUGAAUGGAACCCUUACCAAUCCGGUGAAUGGCAAGAGCUUCAGCCUUGGAGACAUUUAUUUUAAGCUGUUCAGUGCCUCUGGGGACACGAGAACCAAUGGGGACAACUACCUGUACGAGAUCCAGCUCUCCUCCAUCACUAGCUCCACAAACCCUGCGUGCUCUGGGGCCAACAUCUGCCAGGUGAAGCCCAACGAUCAGCACUUUAGCAGGAAGGUGGGCACCUCUGACAGGACCAAGUACUACGUUCAAGACGGCGAUCUGGAUAUCGUGUUUGCCUCUUCCUCCAAGUGUGGGAAAGAUAAGACCAAGUCCGUGUCUUCCACCAUCUUCUUCCACUGCGACCCCAUGGUCAAGGACGGGAUCCCCGAGUUCAGCCACGAGACCGCCGACUGCCAGUACCUCUUCUCCUGGUACACAGCGGCUGUGUGCCCCCUGGGGGUGAGCUUUGGCGGGGAGAGUCCUGGGCUGGAUGAGCCAGAGUACAAGGGACUCUCGGAGCGGAGCCAGGCUGUCGGCGCGAUCCUCAGCCUGCUCCUGGUGGCACUCACCGGCUGUCUGCUGGCCCUGCUGCUUCAUAAGAAGGAAAGGAGGGAAAUGGUGCUGAGUAAGCUAACAAACUGCUGCCGAAGGAGCUCGGGCGUGUCCUACAAGUACUCCAAGGUGAACAAGGAGGAGGAGGCAGAUGAGAAUGAAACGGAGUGGCUGAUGGAGGAGAUCCAGGUGCCAGCUCCCCGGCUAGGGAAAGAGGGGCAGGAAAAUGGCCAUAUCACCACCAAGUCUGUGAAGGCAGAGGCCCUCACCUCACUGCAUGGGGAUGACCAGGAUAGUGAGGAUGAGGUCCUGACCAUCCCAGAGGUGAAGGUCCACUCAGGCAGAGGAGCCAGGGUGGAAAGCUCACAGCCUGUGAGAAACCCACAGAGGCAGGCUCUUGGGGAGAGGGAGCAUGACAGGAUGGGGCUGGUCCAAGCCGAGAAAGCCAGAAAAGGGAAGCCUAAGCCAGGACAGCACAAGUUGCCAACCUCUGCCAAGCUGGUGUCCUUCCAUGACGACAGCGAUGAAGACCUCUUACGCAUCUAGCUCUGCAGUGCCGGCGGGGCACAUGGAGCCGCGGGACAGCCAAGCACCUCCAACCAAAUAAGACUCACCUCAAUGAUGCUUCUGUCAUUUUGCCUUUAACAAAAACUGCUUCAAAAGGGAAGAGUUUUUGUGAUGGGGGAGAGGGUGGAGGGGUAGGCACCACUCCUUCAUGAUCGUUUACAGUCAGUGGAACAAAGCAUUGCUCAAAUCAGCUAAAGGGCGGUACCUCAUGCCCAGGGUUUGCCCAGGUCCUCAUUCACAAGCAUAGCUGCUGUGCGCUUGCAACGGUGCCCAGGCUAGACACAUCUCAGAACUGAGGGCUGUGUUUAAAAGAAACCCUUGCUGCUUUAGACCCUGUAGGGUGUUUGACCAUUUAUAUUUUUAGCAUUGUAAUUCUCUCCCCUAUUUAUUGACUUUGACAAUUACUCAGGUUUGUGAAAAGUUAAAAAAAAAAAAAUGAAAGAAAGCUACCACAGUUUCUUGGCGCCAGCAGGGGCAUAACGCCCUGGGGACGUGCACGGGGCGGGUGAAGCCGGCGCGCACGAGGGCCGUUUCUUGUGGAAUUUGAAGUAGUCGUGACUGUUCGCCGAGUGGGAGCACACCCCUCUACCCUCCUCUUUUGCGUUCCACUUCUUAAGGGUGCACUUGCGCACAGGGCUCCGGGUGCCUGGGUUUGGGAGGCUUGCCUGCUCCAUGCCUUUCCUCAUAAUGGCUGCAGCCCUGCACGGCAUCGCCAGCCUGAGGUGGGCAGAGUGCCCCUGUCAGUGUUGCCUUCGCUAGCUGGCGAGCUCCAACACCUGCCAAAGACAGUUUGGUGCGUGCGUGUGCGUGAGUGGGGCUGAGGCGCCGCGGCGAGCGCUGCUGCCCAGGCUCAGGCUGUGCUCUCCUCUCUUCAGGUUCUCACCACACCACCUUGACUGUGCUUGUGUUUUUUGUUUUUUGUUUUUUUUUUAUUAAGAAAAACAUGUAAUCACCCAUUUGAACUAUAAGAAGCCUUAAUUUGCACAGAGUGAACAUACAGAAACACGUUGGGCCAGCGUCUAGCCCAGUGUUACGUGUGGACUCGUGCCUGGGCCGAGAGGCCCCGGUCGGUGUCAUGGGAUGGAAGGGUAGGCCCUGUGUCUUCCGCUGGCUGUGGACUCUUUUCUUGACAUGUUUAAUGACUUUUCUCGCAUUGUAGAAUUGUAUAUAGGCUCAGUGGUAUUCUUAUACCGACAAAAAAAAAGCAAACCACCUUGCAGAAUUUCUUGGUUUGUACCCGAUUUGGCUGGCUUAUUUGAUUUCAACAUGAGUGUAUUUUUUAAGAUUGAUUUUUUUUCUUCUUUUUUUUUCAAUCAACUUUACUGUAUUAUGAAGUAUUCAAUUUCAAUAAAAGAUAAAUUAUUAA